AUGACUUGUCAUCAAAGACAUACGAACCAAAUCUCCUCAGUUCUCUCGCUGAUUUCUUCUCUUCUUCACUGUCCUCUGGACUCAUCACCUUUACUGGUAAUCACUGAAUCCGUAUUCCAUCCUAUAAUGUUUACAUCAACAUUUCCGACCAUGUCCCUGGACUUGGUCGGCAUCAUUUUCCUGGCUGAUCUGUCGCUCAUCGCGCAACGAACCGCCCUCACAGGCGGCUCCACAUUCCUGGAUACAUUUAUCCUCUGCCCCGGACUGCAUCGCCAGCAAGAUGCUGCUAAUGUCCAUCGCGGAGAAUACCCAGCCGUAGCUGCCAUGACGACAGGCUACGUGUUUCGCGUUGAGAACCCAGCAACUGUCAAUUUCCUACAGAGGGUUGGUCACACGGGCCAACUGACUACACUUUCCGUUACCAACACUCGCAAGACUAGAAAAGGAUGGCGUUCUCAUUUCAUGUCCUCUAUCGACAGUUCCAUGUCACUCGGAGCUGUCGCGGCAUACCUCCUCGCGGUUAGCAGCACAAUUGCCGUCUCAUACCUUCUAGUCCUUACCGAGGACUGGUGGGGCCUCCUCGUGCUCACUGUUUUAAUGUUUACCCGAUUCAUCAAUGUGCUCUUGAUCCGGUCUCGCAGUCGUGUCGGCUGGAGUGGAGCUUCUGAACCGGGUGUAGUUGGAGACCUCCUUGUUCUUCUGAGCCAGGACCGCUGGGUCCGCAUCCGGGGAUACGUGGAUGACCUCAAAGCGGUGACUUCUGGAGAAUGGCUCCACGAUAUGACUUGGGUUGAAAGUGCCAUAUCCGGUUUUACAACUUUAUUGGUUUACUUGAAUGUUGCUCUCGCGAGCAAUGCGAAGUUGUCUGGGCAAGUUAUGUUGCUGUUACUCUUUGUGGGAACGGGCGGUUUGCUAGGGCUAGUGAAUAUGUUAACGCAAGGGCUCCAAAUGCACGGUAACUUGAUCACUGUUGACAUUCCACGAAGGAAGUAUCGAAGAAGACUGGAUCUUGUGGAGGCAUUGAUCUGUGAGACAGGAAGAGAUGAUUGGGCAGUGCGCUUAGGAAUGAUUAAUCCUUCUCAAGCGUCAGCUACAAAAGGUAGUUCGGCAGGGAAUGCUGCGUUUAAUGAAACGCUUACAAUGUGA